AGAGAAAUCACAGCCGGAAUUUGGAGAUCUUUCACAGACAGACCUAUGGGCUCCAUUCUGGCUGGGAAACCGGCCGCCUUCAGGCGCAGGUAAACUCCCUGCUGAUACCAUCGUGUCGCGGCAAUCUUCCGGCUGAACGUUAAUAGCGAAGCCCGUGCCGGCCCAGAUCGUCACCAGCCCGUCACAAACACAAACGCCAAACGUGGGGAGUAACGAUUAGUGCUCCCAGGCGCACCGCAACACAAAUACGGAAGGCGUUGUUACCAAGACAUGCUGCGGGACCAGUGCGGGUAGUGCGCGCCGGACCCCGGGACUGACACCGCCUUCAGAAGUACUGCAACGCAGCAACUUGCUUUCUGUAUGUGCGAUGAUUGGAUAUCUUUGAAUCUUGUGGUUUUGACAAGUUCUUCUCCUCCUACACCUCACACUAUGUCAUCGAAAAAGGAUUUGUUUGAGCCUGUGUCUCCAGUACGUGCUUCGGAACAAGAGAUAGUCAACCCGUCGCCUUCUAAAAAGCCCAAACUCGGUUCCCCAUCGAAUACUUCAGAAUCAUCCUCAUCCUCCAUUGCCCCAUAUACUCCCAAGCUGAAAAUUGUCGAUCCUCUCCCUGCUCUUGCCGAAACAGUGCGUCCAUCUCCCAGCCUGCGAGACUCCUCCAGCAGUAGUAAACCUGUUCUGGCAACACUCAAGCCUUUGCUUAUUGCGUCCGCAGAACCCCCGACCAUUACGAAAGAAGAAGAAUCUAAAGGCCCGCCGGUGCGCGAUACUGAGUUGGCGCGAUGGACGCCGCUCGCUAUUGCUACCAUGCCAAAGAAGACCUCUCUUUCCAACACGGACGACGCAAUCAUUCGGCGCAAACUCAUGUUUGAAGCGGGCAAUCCCAUUGCCAGCAGUCAUCGCGGCAUCAAAACAUUAACAGCGAAUAUUUUUGCCUUUGUCAGUGCCGUGCGAGAGCAGCAGACACGCCGGGAACUGGAAGUGCUGUUUGAGAAAGUGCAGAUGUUUUUGCGCUGUGAGGAGCUGACACUGACUAGACUCACCUGUUGUGCUGAAUCAGUGCGGAGAAACGCCGAGACGGAUGCUCGUUUGCCCGAUGAAUUGGCGCUGGCCAUCGAGGACGUGAAGAACCAGAUCGCCAACCAACAAAAGAAACUGGAGCAGGCGAAUAAGACGGAGGCACGAUUUAAAGAGUAUCUCGAUAUGGCCAGCAGUAUCCGCAAACUGCCUUCCUACGAGGAACUUCUCAAGUCACGCAACAAUCUUCGGGAAGAAACUAAUAAGCUGAAGGAGGAAAAGGACGGCCUGGAUCGUCAGCAGGCGGAUAAAUAUCCCUUCUUGGUCAUUGCCAAUUGGGCCUUGCACAAUGUGAAAUUUGAGGGAAAGAAGUUGGACACCAGCCGAACGAAAGCGCGAUUGGCGGCGGCUUCUAGUAGAGAACAUUCAAAGAAGGAUUCCUUGCGCCAUAAAAAAUCUCCAAAGAAGUCUUCUAAGGAGGCAAGGAGCAAUGAGAAGUGAUACCUUCGACUGAGGCUGACGUUUUUCUUAUACGAAUAAAUUUCUUAUAAUUGUGAAGUAUGGUUUUUAACUGUAAGUUGGACAAUGAGCAAUGUGCCGCGCCCUCUGAGAGUUUGCGUGUAUUGCUUACGGACAUAAUCAUUUAAGCAAGAUAUGAGUAUCCAUUUUUCUGGUUUUUUCGUACAAAUUUAACUUUAUUUUAUUGCAAAAAUAACGCACGGCCAUCUGUGCUCGUAUAAA